AUGAAACUGGUGACUCCUUUGCAAACCACCUUCACCAACAAGCAACUAUAUGACACCUGCAAGAACAAUCAAAAUAAAAGCAGAGCAGCUGAUAAAUUCCUGACUUGCAUUGUUGAUCAUUUCAUCCUUCAGAAGUUGACUGACAAUUCUGGACGUGAAAUGGCUGAAGUGGAAAUAGUAGAUUUCUGGAAACCAGACUCAGCUGAACAAAUCAGACCAGAAAGCAUAACUGACUUUCGUGUUAAAGCUGACCAAGUUGCCGAAGUUGUCGAUUUCCUAGAAGACAAGGAACUAACUUAUGAGGUUUUAAUUUCUGACCUGAAAGAAAUGGUUGCAACUCAGUUUGAUAGCCUUGUUCGUGCCACUGGACACAGUUAUGAAAAGUAUAACACCUGGGAAAAGAUCGAGGCUUGGACUGAGCAAGUUGCUCAAGAAAAUCCCGAACUUGUCUCUCGAAGCACUAUUGGAACCACAUUUGAAGGGCGUCCUAUGUACCUUCUCAAGAUUGGAAAAGAAGGUUCAAACAAGCCCGCCAUCUUUAUGGACUGCGGUUUCCAUGCUAGAGAGUGGAUUUCCCCUGCCUUUUGCCAAUGGUUUGUGAGAGAGGCUGUUCGUACCUAUGGAACUGAGGUCCAGAUGACUGAUCUUCUUGACAGACUGGACUUUUAUGUCCUACCUGUUUUCAACAUUGAUGGCUAUGUCUACACAUGGAAAAAGAACCGAAUGUGGAGAAAGACUCGGUCCACUAUUUCAGGCAGUAGUUGCAUUGGUACUGACCCCAACAGAAAUUUUAAUGCUGCAUGGUGUGAGAUUGGGGCCUCUAACAACCCUUGUUCGGAGACAUACUGCGGACCUAGUGCCGAGUCUGAAAAAGAAACCCAAGCCCUGGUUAACUUCAUCCGCCAACACCUCGAUUCUAUCAAGGCCUAUGUGACAGUUCACUCCUAUUCCCAAAUGCUGCUGUUCCCUUACUCGAAAAGUUAUACUCUCACAAAGAACCACGUUGAAUUGAACACCCUGGCCAAGGCAACAAUCAAAGAACUGGCAACACUGCAUGGUACAGAAUAUACCUACGGUCCAGGAGCCACAACCAUCUAUCCUGCAGCUGGAGGUUCUGAUGACUGGGCUUAUGACCAGGGCAUCAAAUACUCUUUUACCUUUGAACUCCGAGACAAAGGAAGAUAUGGCUUCCUGCUCCCUGAAUCUCAAAUUAGAGCUACCUGUGAAGAGACUGUGCUGGCCAUCAAAUAUCUCUCCAACUAUGUCCUGGAGCAUCUAUACUAAUUUGGAAGGCUCCAAAGACCCAAGAAAACCCUACUUAAAUGCUAAUUCUCAAUUCCUUAUUUUCAUAAACUCUUUUUUUAAAAAUAUCUUGAAUGCUUUUGGAAUUCUGACCUUAACUUUAAGUCACAGAGUUAAUUCAAAAAAGUCUUAAUGUGGAUGAAAAAUA